AUGUUAAUUUUUCUAAUAUUUACUAUUGCAUAAGCUUUUAAUGCAGAUAAUACCUACACAAUACAUACAAUUGAGAAGGACCAUCAAGACAAUCGAACCAUUUACCCUGAACUUUAUGCUGUAUAACAUAUUUUCGAUUCCAUUGGUAAAGAAAUAACCCUACAAGGUAUUGCAUUUGUAGUAUCGAAGACGGCAGAACAGUCCUAUGUCAAAUUCCAAUACCCCAACUAACUAAACCUCUGAAUGCGGAUCAAUUAUCAAUUACCAGAAUUCUGACAGAAGAUGAAGCCAAUAUCAUUCUUUUUCCAUUGAUAGAUUUAUGUGUCAAUCAUAUAACCAAAGAAUUUCUCUAUGAAUAUUGCUUUAGAAAACAUGUGAGACAAUAUGACGAUUUAAAUACAAUUUAAAACAUGCAAAAGAUCGUAAGACUUAUAUGUAUAUUCUAAGUUAAAAGAGGACUUCAGUUUGGGAUAUUCGAAUUAAUUUAUUUCUAAGAAUUAUUCCUAUGCAGAUUAAGAGCCUCUCAAUUCCUCAUAUUAACUAGAUACCAAUUAUCAUUAAAUACGAUAAUAGAUUGAUCGAUUGAUAAUUAUAGAGGGGUGCUUGGCCAAAUUGAGAAACUAUUAGAUAUCAGAGAAAUUCGAAUAUCAACUCAACGUUUCAACAUCUGACAAAAUGUAUUCAUUUCGUGUGAUUCAAGUCAUCUAUAAUGAAUUGCUACUAUUAUCCUAAUGUUCAGAUGUAGUAAUCAUUUCAGAUUACUUCGAGAUAAUUCAAUCAAAAAAAUAGAAAUAUGCAAUUAAAUAGAAUCAAUACUAUCAAUACAAGGAUAUUAUAUUUGGAUUGAAUCUCUACGCUCAGUCUAUCCUUCAUCCUCAAUAGAGUGUUGGUGUAAUAUUAACAGACAAGCCAUUUUUAGUGUAAGUAAAAAAAGUCAUUGAUUACUGUGCCAUCUAGAUCUUAGGUUACUUACCUAAUGCUAAAGACUAAAAGUCUCCCUUAUUGAUCUAAAAAUUAAUAGUAAUGGAUUCCAAUGCUAUUUAUGAAUUAUUAAGAGGAUCUGUACUGAUUUCAGAGAAUACCUUAUUUUAUCAUUAUGAUAAUAAGAUAAAUGUUAAUGAUUUUAUCACUAUUUUUGAUGACACUUCAGCAUUUACUUAUGUUGAAUCCUUCAGAGUAAGUCAAGAACAUAAUGGAAUUGCCAUUUUGGAUAAGAAACUGACCAAGGGAUUGCGUUAUGAAGGAAAAGCAUUUGUUAGAAAGAGUGGCUAGUUCAUUAAAUUAUCAAAUGUUAUUCCACCGCAACUUGAUACCUUUGAAUUCGAAGAUGAAUACUUAAUCUCCCUGAAAAAACUAGAAUAUGAUCUGGUGCAAGUCCAUGUAUUCAAUUACUCUACUUAAGGGUAUCAAAUGAAAUAACAAUAUCAAAAAUACAUGGGAGUUACAUUUUCUAUUUAUUAAUUAAAUAAUGAGACAGCUUGUGCUUUACUUGUCAAUAUAAUUAGCGAUAUGUAUUUACAAACAUCCAUUAUCAUGUUGACAUAACCUCAACCAAAUAUUUACAUUAAAAACAAGUAAGGAAAAUAUGUUCAAAUGGAAUCUAGAUUUCAAAAUAGUAGUAUUCUAAAUCAAUUAUAUUGGAUUAUAGUGGAUACUGAAAUCGACAUGUUGUAUGUUGGGAAAGGCAAUUUAAUCAAAUUAUCAAAUAAAAUUAUUGAAUUUAAGAUGGAGAGAAUAAGAAGAGAAACCUAUUCACCAAUCAUUUUUGAAUUUGAUAAGAAAUCUAAUGGUGUAAAGAUAUAUGAUAUAAUGCCACUUCCCUUGGUCGAAUUUGGCCUAUUUUCUACAAGUUUAUUAACCUAGUAUUAUCAUCCAUUAAAUUUUACAGGGGAGAUUAAUGGAAUUUUUGAAGAACAUUAUCGAUUCGGUAGCUUCUGUAAUCCCAUUAAUUCAACGAGAUAGAGUCGAAUCUAGCUUGAAUGUUAUCCAGGGGACUUGAUGAGGUUCAUCUCUGUUGCAGAGGAGCAAACUUGUAAAUACCAAAUUAGAAUUGGAACUUAUUUGUUAUGCGACAAAAAAUAUGAUAUUUUGGAAGCAGGUGAACAUCCCAUUAUGUGUAUGUUAAAAUAAUGA